AUGGGGCCGACAGGUGAGGUGGUGUUUGGCAGCCCGGCGCCGGUCUGCUCUGAGAACCGGCUGCGAUGGGACCUGACCCCGGAGCAGAUCCAGCAGAUGUCCGACGAGCUCAUCGCCAACACCAAGACGGAGUACGACCGCGUGGGAGCGCUCGACCUGGAGAGCGUCACCUUCGAGAACACGCUGAAGGCGCUCGCCGACGUGGAGGUCGAGUACACAGUCCAGAGGAACAUGCUGGACUUCCCUCAGCACGUCUCUCCGAGUAAGGAGGUCCGAACGGCGAGCACCGAGGCCGACAAGCGUCUGUCUGAGUUCGACGUGGAGAUGAGCAUGAGGGAGGACGUCUACCUGAGGAUCGUCGCUCUGGAGAAGAAGGUCGACGCCGAGACCCUCACUGCUGAGUCCAAACGCUACAUGGAGCGUCUGAUCAAACUGGGCAAGAGGAACGGCCUCCACCUGUCCAAAGAGAAGCAAGAGGAGAUCAAGACCAUCAAGAAGAAGCUGAGCAACCUGUGCAUCGACUUCAACAAGAACCUGAACGAGGACACGACCUGUCUGUCCUUCAGCAGAGAUGAACUGGGCGGACUCCCUGAGGACUUCCUGAGCUCUCUGGAGCCGGACGGAGACAAGCUGAAGGUCACCCUCAAGUAUCCUCAUUACUUCCCCACCAUGAAGAAAUGCUUCGUCCCAGAGACCCGCAGGAAGUUGGAGGAGGCGUUCAACUCGCGCUGCAAGGAGGAGAACUCAAACAUCCUGAAGGAGCUGGUGCAGCUUCGGGCUCAGAAGAGUUCUCUGCUCGGCUUCACCACCCACGCCGACUUCGUCCUGGAAAUGAACAUGGCUAAAUCUGGGAAGAACGUGGCCGGCUUCCUGGAGGAGCUGGCUCGUAAGCUGAAGCCUCUUGGUGAUGAAGAGCGCUCGGUCAUCCUCAAACUGAAGGAGAAGGAGUGUCAGAAGAGAAACCUGCCCUUCAACGGAGAGCUGCACGCCUGGGACACUCGAUAUUUCAUGACCCAGGUGGAGGAGACUCAGUAUGCUGUGGACCAGAACCUGCUCAAGGAGUACUUCCCCAUGGAGGUGGUGACUCAGGGUCUGUUGGACAUCUACCAGGAGCUCCUCUGUCUGUCCUUCGAGCUGGUGGACGGCGCCCCCGUCUGGCACCCAGACGUCACUCUGUACUGCGUGAAGGACCGCAGCAGCGGUCAGGUGGUGGGUCAGUUCUACCUGGACCUGCACCCCAGGGAGGGGAAGUACGGCCACGCCGCCUGCUUCGGCCUGCAGCCCGGCUGUCUGCUGCCCGACGGCACGCGGCAGAUGUCCGUGGCGGCCAUGGUGGCCAACUUCAGCAAGCCGACGGCCGACGCCCCGUCGCUCCUGCAGCACGACGAGGUGGAGACGUACUUCCACGAGUUCGGACACGUCAUGCACCAACUCUGCGCCAAGGCGGACUACGCCAUGUUCAGCGGGACUCACGUGGAGCGGGACUUUGUGGAGGCGCCGUCUCAGAUGUUGGAGAACUGGGUGUGGGAGCGCGAGCCUCUGCUGAGGAUGUCCAAACACUACAAGACCGGCGCCGCCAUCCCCGACGAGCUGCUCGACAAACUCAUGAAGUCCCGCCUCGCCAACACCGGUCUGUUUAACCUGAGGCAGAUCGUUCUGGCUAAAGUGGAUCAGGCUCUGCACACCAGGAACGGACUCGACCCGGCAGAGGAGUACGGGCGCCUCAGUCAGGAGGUUCUGGGGAUCCCGGCGUCACCUGGCACCAACAUGCCGGCGACCUUCGGGCACCUGGCCGGCGGUUACGACGCUCAGUACUACGGUUACCUGUGGAGCGAGGUGUUCUCCAUGGACAUGUUCUCCACUCGCUUCAAACAAGAUGGGAUCAUGAACCCAAAGGUCGGUCUGGACUACAGGAAGUUCAUCCUGCAGCCCGGCGGCUCCGAGGACGCCUCUGAGAUGUUGAGGAAGUUCCUCGGGCGCGAGCCCAAACAGGAAGCGUUCCUCCUGAGUAAAGGACUGAUGGUGGAGCAGAACACCGGCACGCCGUGUCCCUGCUGACCAAUCACAGGAGCCGGCUCCGCCCCCUCAGAAGAACGAACUGAAAGUUUUCUAGAAAAAAAAAAACGAGUUAACAGCGUGGAAAAAUAAAAUGAUUUGAGGUGA